AUGCCACUUAACAAAGAUCACUUCAAUUCAAUUAAGGACAUUGUUACCCGUGACAAGGUGCAAUUUUUUGAUAGAAUAAACAAAUUAGUUGAUGAGAUACUGGCUAUUUUUGUUAGAGACUUCAAAAAGGAUAUUGGCAAAACAUUAUACAAUUUUAAGAACAGUAUAGAUUAUAACAUAUUUUAUUCUGGUUGUAAUAGUCUAUUUCGGCAAAAAAUUUAUAUCAAUGUAUCUAAUACCAAAUUUUUUUCUUCUUUUGAUGAAAGUUCUCCUGAUACAGAUCAUUCCGAUGCUAAUAAAACGUCUUUUAGUAAUUCUAAUAAACAAAAAUUAAUAAGUUAUAGCACAUUAAUUCAUUUUUUUUGGGAUUAUUACAAUGAAAUUACAGAUUAUAUAAUAAGCAAACUUAUUGAAAUUGAAAUUCCAAUACUCACAUUUCAUUAUAAUACAGAUGUCAUAGAAUUUUUCAAUAUCUGGACAAGCGCAUAUAUGCAUUUCUGGGCUGUUUCAAGCGUUUUAUUUCCUAUUAUAAACUAUGUUUAUCUUAAUUAUCCAAAUGUCUCUCAAAAAUAUGUUUCAAACAGUGACACGCUUCAUAAUUAUUUUAAUAGAAAAUUCCAUGAUGCAUUAAAAAAUAAACUCAAUGAAACGAGUAUUUCUUAUAAAGAUUUUUUACAAUAUUCUAUUCAAGGUCUUCUAAAUGCAAAAGCUCUUGAUAAUAGCUAUUUUAAUGUUGAUACUCCCUUCAGAUUUGCAUAUUUAUUUAAAGAAACUAUCGAUGAUAAACCUCUGCAAGAAUAUGUAUUUAAGCAAUACAAACAAGAUACCAUUUCCAAACACAAAUUUCUUUUUCAAAAUGGUAAAAUUUAUGAUGAUGAACAUCAUAAUAAAGAAAUCCAAACUUUUAUCCAGUUCUUUUCUCUGGAUUUAGCUAAUAAAGUAACUCUCGUCUCGAUGUUUAGCCCAACUUGGAUGGAACCUAUCAAAAAUAUACUAGUAGAGACAACUAUGAUGAAUAAAGACAUAAUUUCAAGGUAUUAUUAUUUUUUUAGAGAUAACUUUGACUUUGAGAAAAAUGAUGACUAUGCAAAAGAUCAAAACGGUUAUAUGGGUACGUUUAGGUUUGUUUACCUGUCAAGAGGAAAAACUGAUGAGCUUGAUCAAAUUUGCAGUGACAUUAUUUAUAAUGAAAUCUCCAAAUUAUAUGAUGCAUCUGAUAAAUUAUCAUUGAUAAAAGUGUUUGAAACUUUGUUUUUUCAAAUAAAGUUUUUUUCACGUAUUAAACCUGUAGAAGAUAAAGGUUGCACCUGUUCAGAGCAAUGUGUAUGCUAUUCAGAUCACGGUCCUGAAUAUAUCAGAAGAGCAUAUAUCAAAUUGUUUGAAAAUGAAAUGAAUUUAAUUCAGGCAAUUCUAAUUUAUGUUCAAACUAUGGAAAAAUUAUCAGUAGAAGGCAAUAUUAAUCUUGAAUUUUUCUUUUCAAAUUUUGGAUUACUUUUAAAAAGAUUAUCAAUUCCAUCUAUUGUAACAUCUUUAUAUUCUGAACAUUUAUUCAGGUAUGUUCUGAUGAAUUAUAAUACAUUAGUAGAUAGUGCCAAUUUAGAUUUAGAUAGUACAGUGCAAUUUAUUAGACAUAUCAUUACUGUUUUCAAUAAUAUAUACUGCGAUAAAGUACACAAUUUGGUUUCAAUGUGGAGAAAUUUUGAAGAAAAUAUUACAAAAGUUGGUGCAACUAAAGACAGAUAUAAUGAGCUCGUAGAGUUUUAUCCUUUGAUCCUUCCACAGUCAGAUAUACCAGAAAUAUACCAACGUAUAAAUGAUGAAAGCAGUUUGAAUAAUGUAAGACUACCAACCAAGAUACGAGAGAUGUGGAGGAAAUUUGAAAAAAAUUAUAAAGACGUUAUACUAAUGAACGGAGAACAUAAAGUGAUGCAUCCUCUGUAUGGGCUACAGUAUUGCAGUGUGGAAACACCAUUUUUGAGAAAAAAUGGGGAGCCACUAAUCUUAGAAUUGACUCUGUACCAAACAUGUGUACUCAAUGAGUUCAACAAGGUAGACCAAGUGUCAUUUAAACAGUUAGUAGAAAGGUUACAAAUAGAUGGGAAUAAUAUGAAGGCAAUUUUGAAUUCAUUUUUAAACAUUGGCCUGAUAAAGAUGAACAAGGAUAAAACGUUUUCAGUGAACGAGAUGUUCAAGGUAGAGGAGAGGAAAAUCAAGAAAGAUGUAUUAAGAGUGGUAAUGGGAAAAAAAACAAAGAAGCCAUCAAGGAAGUCGAAUAAUGCUAAGGAAAAUUGCGCAGAAAGCAGUUUCAGUGGCCAGGAGGAUGAGACACGUCAGGAAAAUAUAGAGAGGGAAUUUGAAGACUUAACUUCAGGACACCACGAAGGACCAAGUUCUGUGUGGAGAAGAGAGGUGAUCAAGGCGUGCAUUGUAAGGACUGUUAAAAGUCACAUCCACAACGUCGAAGGGAUUUCUGAAGAAGAUCUGAUGCAUGAAUGUCUGCCACAACUUCUUCAAGGGACAAGUGUUGGAGAGUUCCAGGAUGCUCUUAGAUCAGCAGUUCACGAAAGAUAUAUUACAAGAACAAGCAAUGGUAAAUUUUUAUUUGAUAUGUAA